GAUGUCGUGUUAUACAUGAAAAAUGGCAAGAUUGCUGAAAGAGGGUCCUAUGAGGAACUUAUACGCAACAAUGGGGAAUUUGCCACUUUGAUUCGCCUGUUCAUUAGAGAAGUCGAAGAAGAGCUUGAAGACGAAGAGGACGCAUUUCUUCCCAUUCCUGAGGCGCAACGAAAAGCAGAUAGUCCAACCACGCCAUUAUCACCAGAUGACAUCGGCAAACUUGUUGAACGAACACUCUCAGUAGGUCAAAGACACACUUCUACUCGGGACAGUUUUACCGAUGGCAACUUUGAACCCUUCAAACUGAACAAUCGAGUUAGCAAACGUUCGCGUGGCAGUGCCAAACGGCGAAGCUCGAAGAAGAGUGGACUGGAGGCUGAGGCAGUUGUUAGGAGAGAGGAGGAGGAAAAGGCGAGACGUGAGCAAGCUGGCAAACUUAUUCAA